CAGAAGCCAUCUGCUAUCUAACCACUGCUCGAGUUCUCCACCCUCAAAGUCUCUUCUCAAACUUGAAAACCAUUCCUUACCCAAAAAAUUUCAAUUCCUCUCCAUUGCUUUGAAAAUUCGUCGUACCCACUUCAUAAACCUGUCUAAGAUUAUACAGAAAAAGGUUCCCUCUCUCUUCAAUCUCCUGAUCUUUGACCUUCUUGCUCUGCUUGAAAUCGAAGCUCUCUCUCUGGAUCUCUAGCGAUGGCUCUUGCUGAGAACUCUAGCGCUGAGAACACUGUUGCUGAGAUCAAUCAGAGAGAAGAGAGCAGUAACCAGAAUUUAGCGGCUGAGAAUUCUGCUCCUGGGGUCAAACCGAGAGAAGAGGGUAGUUGUCAGAACCAUCUUUCCCUCAAGAAGAAGAGGACGAACAAUCUCGGAGUUCGUGUCAAGGGAGCGCGAACAUAUGAUUAUGUAAACGGCAAGACUUCCCAUCGGUGUCGGCAGAAGACGAGGGGUUUUGCGGUUUUCUGUAAGCAGCUAAAAAAAGACAAGUUGUGCACUCUUACCUACUGCCACAAAUGUCUUCUGAAUAGAUAUGGCAAAAACACGGAUGAAGUGGGGAAGUUAGAGAGCUGGAUUUGCCCCAAAUGUCGCGGUGUUUGCAAUUGCAGCUUUUGCAUGAAACGGAAAGGGUUCCAGCCAACUGGAGUAUUAGCUCAUGUCGCCAAAUCAAAUGGGUUCAAUUCAGUCCAUGAGCUAUUGGAUAACAAAGGCGCAAAAAAGAUGGAACCCCAAAGCACAGAAUCGACACCUUCUUUUUAUAACAAGGUCUCUUUGUCUUCCAAAAGAAGUCAUGACAAGGAAAACCAGUCUCUUGAGAAUGAAGCAGGACCAAAUGAAGAGGAACUGGCAAAAAGAUUAAAGUUUGGGACAUCCGGCGUCAAUAAAGAACAUGGCAAUCAAAGUCAUGGAGAUGCCAAUUCCAAUCCUUUGGAAGACAUUACACUUCCGCAAGGCAGUCCAUUAACAGAAGUUGCUGGCACUGAACUGCCAGCUCUGGAUGUUGGAGCUGCGUUGCGGUUCUUGGAGUUUUGUUAUGCAUUCUCCAAGGUCCUUGAUAUAAGGGAACGGCAACCUGAGUGCAUUCUCCGAGAUUUAACGAGAGGGUGUCUCGAACGUCAUGGAGUGUAUUCAGCACAUGUUGAAUUCACUAUCAAAUUGCUGUCUCUAAUCGGAAUGGAGAUGAAAAAUGGCAGGGAUGCAUGGUUGCAAGCUCUUAAAAGAUGCAUAGAGAAAUCUAAGUGCACCUUGGAGGGAUUGCCUCUGGACCUUCUCGGCAACGGUUCAAAUGGAUAUGAUAAUCUUGAACCAUCUAUGAAAUUGAAGAUACUAAACUUCCUUUGUGAUGAGGUUCUUUACACAGAAAAGCUAAGGAGUUGGAUAGAUAAAGUGGCUGUAAAAUUUGAUGAAGGAAGGAAGGAGAAUAGAAGAAAACUACUUGCUGCCAAGAAAAAGGAAAAACUUUUAAAACAGCAGGUGAAAGAUGAGGCUGCCAAAGCUAUGCUUUUAGCCAGAGAGGAAACUCCACCCUCUCUACCUGAGUUUGAUGGGUUUCUUUCUCAAUCACGGGCUGACACAGAUGGAGUGCAUGCUGAAGUUCUUGCAUAUGUUGAACUUAUGCCUAAGAUGGCGACAAGGAAUUUGGUGUUGCCAUCAAAUAUGCCGGACAUGCUGAUCUCCAUCAUCUUCAGCAGUUCCUGCAUGGGAGGCAGUUGGAUGCCCCACAAGAACAAUGCAAGUGCUGGACAUUGUUCUUGCGGAGAAUCCCUUACAGAAUUAUGUCAUGGUAGCAAGAGCCUUUUUCUCUAAGAAAUUAGAACCAACAGAAGAUAUCGGUGAUGGAUUAAAAUGUUGGAGAUGUUACUGCCAGUCCUUUCGUCCUAUGCAGAUGGGGUUCUCCUUAAACAUAGCUGAAGUACCAUGAUUCUGGAAAAGAGAAGACAUGCAAUCGAAGAGUGGGGGCAUUGAAUAUGAUUAAUAAGAGAAAAUGGUUAAUGGCUGAAAAAUUGAUAGUUGGGCAUGCAUUAGUUUUUCCCGCAAUCUCCAUCCUGAUGCAGCAUCAACUGGUUCUGCCAAAGUCUGUUUGGUGUUCGUAAUAACUUUGCAAAGUCUAUUGCGUCUGACCCACCAAUCAAAGUCCUCCAUGAACAUGCCAAUAACGCGGAGGGAGCUCUAAGAACCAUGCAUGCUUAGGCGAUUACCGCGUUGAGAGGAGGAACCCUACAGUUGCUACUUAUCAUUCUUCUAGAAAUAACUACAAUCAAGCGUGUUUGUGAAACUGAACUUGGGCUCGUAUCACAAUGUCACUUAGCUAAACAUGUUCAGGAGAGCAAGGCACAAUAUAUGGAAAAUGUGGCUUUGAAAAUUAAUGUGAAGGUCUGUGUUUCUGAAGGUCGGAGAUCGUAACACUGUUCUGUCAGAUGCCCCUUAUAAGCUGGUUGCAGUUGUAUCUGAUAAGGGGCUGUUUGGUUGGCAUUUUUUGCUCUUGUAAAGCUGCCAAAACUGAUAAAAGCUGUCAGUUUUGGCAGCUUUACUUGCAAAAACGCAGCUGUCAGUUUUGGCAGCUUUACAAGGGCAAAAAAUGCCAACCAAACA